CCAAGUGCGAAAGCUCGCUCUGACGCCCUCUGUUUCCGCGGAACGGUCGCGUUUCCCGUUGGAACGGAAUGCCGCAGCCUGUCGUCCUUGACUCCGUCGGGGAGAGGGACGGACGGCGACGGGCAGCUACAGGACGAUCGAGCGACAGACCCGGCACCACGGCAUCCCGUUCCAAUUGCGUCCGCUGACCAUCCCCAUCUCCCCACCGGUGUCCUCCCCUCCCUCCCGUCGCCAUCGCUUCCCUCGGUUGACUUGACUUGUACUGUUCCACACACCUCCAGUGACCUGACAACCACACCGCAAUAAUCGUAUUCAGUUCUUUUUCUCCCUUUUGUACUUUGGGGUUUGGGCCUCUCUUUCUCUUCCCCUGCGAGCCUCUUUCCUCGCUCUUGUCUCCUGGGCGAGUUCUGAAUCUGGGAUCGGCGGUAACGUGGGCGACCGCCGGAGUGGGCGAAGCGCAGCAGCUCUUCGGUGCCGGUGGGAAGGUUCAUAAUAUGAUGGCCGCAGAGUUAGUAAAGCAGUAUUCAAACAUCACUCUGGGAGAAGAUAAUAAGAUAUGUGAUAUUAAACAAGCGCUUAAGGCCUUGAGAAAGAAGAUUCUUAGUUUGGAUUUUGACAACUCCAUGCACGUCCAUGACCCACAGGACUCAUUUGAGUACUUGGAAGUGCUGCGCAAAAUCAAACAACUAUCUGAAAAGUUAAGGACCUUAGACCCUGGUGGGGAAGCCAAACAACUGGAUGAACUCACUGUGUAUGCAUAUGAAAUUUCUGAAAUGGCAAUGGCAAGACUUGAAGAGGAAUUUAUUUAUCUCCUUACACAUUUCAAACAACCAUUAGAACAGGAGGUUCUCUCUUUUCGCUCUACAGAGGAUGGUAGUGUGGAAGACUUUUCAAGCAGUUCAUUUAGUGAGGAACCAUCGGAUGGGAAGGCAACACCGAAUGAUAUCAGUGGAGGACCAGAAUAUUUUGUGCCUGAUUUAAUUCAACCCGGUGCACUCUCUGCUGUCAAGUCCAUUGCUAAAUUCAUGUUCCUGAAUGGCUAUGAUAAGGAGUGUUUACAGGCUUAUAUAAACUCACGGCAGACUGCAAUAGAUGAGUACUUUGGGUCUCUUCGUCUGGAAAAACUCAGUAUAGAGGAGCUUAUGAACACAAGCUGGAAUAAGUUGAAUUCAUUAAUAAAGAGAUGGAACCGGGCAAUGCGUGGUUUUAUUCGAGUAUAUCUUGUAAGUGAGAAACGGCUUAGCAACCAUGUCUUUAGUGAACUUACAGAUUCAACUGCUGACUUGUGCUUCUCUGAGAUUUCAUUCAACUCAGUUGUACAACUUCUGAGCUUUUAUGUAUCUGUAGCAAUUGGACCCCCCAAAACAGAAAAGCUUUUUCGAUUGCUUGAUAUGUAUGAGGUCCUGGAUGAUCUUCUCCCUGAAGUUGAAUCCUUGUUUGAACCAAAGUACGGUGAUAUGAUCCUGAAUGAGUAUCAUGAAGCACUACUGCAACUGGGAGAAUCUGCAAGGAAGACAUUUGCAGAAUUCAAGUGUGCCAUCCAAUCAUACACUUCAUCCAAUGCAGUAGCUCGUGGAGAAGUGCAUCCACUUACAAAGUAUGUUAUGAACUACAUAAAGGCUCUCACUGCAUACAGCAAACCUCUUGAUUCACUUCUCAAGGACACGGAUCGAAGAUGCCUGACUUCUGAUAUUCAGUUGAUGGCAAAUACAUAUCCUAAUUUCACGGCAACAGCUUUGCAUCUACAGUCUGUUACUGCAGUUUUGGAGGCAAAUCUUGAAGCUGGGUCUAGAUUGUACCGAGAUGAUCGACUGCAGAACAUCUUCAUGUUGAACAACACCCACUACAUGGUUCAGAAAGUGAAGAACUCGGAUCUCAAAAGCUUUCUUGGUGAUGACUGGAUCCGGAUUCAUAACAGGAAAUUUCAGCAGCAAGCUAUGAGAUAUGAGAGGGCAUCAUGGAAUAAUGUUCUCUCUUACCUCAGUGAUGAUGGCUUGUGUGCUUCUGGUGAUGCUGCUUCUCGCAAAACCAUCAGGGAGAAGAUAAAAAAUUUCAAUCUGUCCUUUGAAGAGGUUUACCGAGUUCAGACAGCAUGGUCUGUCCCAGAUGACCAACUUCGCGACGACGUCCGGAUUUCAAUAUCACUGAAAGUUAUACAGGCCUAUAGGACCUUCGUGGGAAGAUAUUCAGGCUUUCUUGAUGGCUCAAGGCAUCGAGAUCGUUAUGUAAAGUACAGGGCGGAGGAUCUGGAGACACUUUUGCUAGACCUUUUUGAAGGAACUCAAAAGACACUGCAGCAUUCUUGUCGAGUGUAAGAUUAAACCAGUUCUUGAAGAAGAGAUGCCUCAGUCUUUUCUGGGUUCCUUCUUUGGUUUGUAAUGGACUAAUGGUACUGUUGAAUGAGUAUAGUGAUAUCCUGUUCUGCCAAACUAGAAUGAUUUUGUUAGAGAUAGCAUUCUACUGUUCACGAAACUUUGGUAACGGAGCGUAUAGUUUUCGAUU